AUCAUGCGUCGUGCAGUGGAAGAAAUCUCAACAGGAUCAGACUCGGAUUACUCAAACUCUUGGAUUUCAUGGUUUCUCUCGUCGAAAGGAAAUGAAUACUUCUGCGAAGUUGAAGAAGACUACAUCAUGGACCGCUUCAACUUAACGGGACUAAAUACCGAAGUUCAAAAUUACAAUCAAGCCCUAGACCUAAUCACAGAUAACUUAGACGACGAAAUGGCCGAUGAAUUCCGAGGAUCGUUAGAUGUCCAAGCACGACUGUUAUACGGCCUUAUCCAUGCGCGGUGGAUUAUCACUUCACGGGGGUUGGCAAAAAUGCUUGAGAAAUAUAAGAAGGCUGAUUUCGGUCGUUGUCCACGCGUUCUUUGUCAACAACAGCCAUUGUUACCUGUCGGUCUAAGCGACAUUCCAUACGAAAAAUCGGUCAAACUCUACUGCGGUCGAUGCGAGGAUAUCUAUUCUCCCAAGUCCUCACGACAUGGAUCUAUCGACGGCGCAUAUUUCGGCACAUCUUUCCCGCACAUGCUCUUCCUAGUCUACCCAGCCAUGAUCCCUCCAAAGAGUGGCCCGCCGGACGUGUUAUCGGGUAGUGUACGCGGGACUGAAGGCAGCGAAAGCUCCCGACGCAGACGUGCACGGGAUGAGCCAGAGGCGAUUGCAGAAGGUGUAGGCGAAGGCGUUAGCACGGCAGCAGCGGCCCUUAAAGCAGAGAGAUACCGACCGAAAAUUUUCGGUUUCCAAGUACAUGAAAUUGCGAAGCUACAGCGAUGGCAGGAAGCAGUAAGAGAUAGACAAGUGGCUAAGCUGGAGGAGCUAGAAGAACAAGGACUUUAGAUGCUGCGUCGAACUUUACUCGAUUUAUGUCUGAUGCUUUGCAGAAUGCUUGUACAUCAAUUUGUUUUGCUAUACCUGAUUUUUCAAAAUUCAAAUAAUGCGGG